AUGCAGCUCAUCGAUCUCUCCGCCCUUGCCCUUUUCGCUACUUCCGCUCUAGCGGCAGACUGCUUUGGCAACAGACAGGAUGGCAUUGAGAAGUUCGAGCAGGCGUACUGGGAUGCUCGCCAGAAGAUGUGCAGCAACUCAGACUGCGCUUAUCAGCAGGGCUGCACCACCAGGGGUUCCAAGACCCUCAAGGGAUUAGCCUCUAUCACCGUUAAUGUCGAGCUGAGCCGCAAGAACACUGGUGGCAAGAUAGGAUUCAAGGAUUGCUGGGAUGCUACUGAGAAUAUCAUCACCCAGUGCGUCAGGGGAACUCACCAGCUGAGUGGAACUUGGGAGUACGACGGUCAGCUGUACCAGGCGAACGGAUACUACUCUUAA